CUGUCCGGUACAAGUACGACAGUACAACUCCUAAUCUUGYUGUCUAAGUAGUCAAUCAAUCGUCAACCCGUCCGACGACARCACUACUARUACGGAUCAGUGACAUCAUAACUACCGUUUUUCCCAAAACUAGCACCCACGAAUAUUUCACGGAAAGAAGUGACAGAGUAGCAGCAUGUCAUUCUCGUCAAAAGAAACAGCUUUCAAUGCGAUCCAUAAAUCGGUGAUUCUGUUGAUAUGCUUCAUGGCACCGUCGGUUUUGGCCUGGUCYCCCCCUCGACAAUUCAMUCGAAUCUCGUCUUCUAGUCCCUCCGCCAAAACGAGCCUMCGCAUGAGUGGCCCGUCRACCGAUGAAUCUCCUUCGRAGUCGUCGAGUKCUGGGGCCCACGACACGCGACGCCGAUUCCUGAGUGCCGCUGCGAUGAAUGUGUGCCUGAUGGGAAUCGGCGCCCCGGCGGUCAUCGCCGCCGACUCGUCUUAUCCUCCGGGAACGACGUUUGUGUCGGGGAAGAAACCUCUACCACCCGGAGAGACCGYCAAAAAGUCGGACAAUACUAAGGGGACCAGGAAGGAUCCUGACUUUUUGAGAUCGAUCGCCGAUUGUCGAAACCAGUGCCAGUCUACCCCCGGUCCGGAUGGCCUAGCRAAGUCGAAGGAGGACUGUCUCUCCGAGUGCCAGGAUAUCUGCUGCACGACYUACGAGCAGUGCACCUUCAACAUUGUCCCCAGAUUAUAAACCGCAACACAAAAACCAGUACCAUAGACUAGUCGGCUAAAGGAAUCCAUCCUCCACUAUUUCAUUUGUUGGUGAUAGAAUAGUGAUGCUAGAAGGGUACCGAGAUUGMACCACCACGACCAUUUAUGAGGAAUCACGCAUCUCUCGAGCCYCACGUAACAUAGACUUCUUUAUCUUUUUCCACAUAGUCAACAACUUUAGUU